AUGGAACUAUAUGCUGCCUACCUGGAAAGAUACAGCCCCAAGACUGCGCUGGAGAUCCUGCAGAGGGAGGCUAUCAAAAAUGAAGAGGAAUCUGAGGAAAUCACUGACACAUUUUUGGCUGGUAAGGUGUCAUUGGAAAGUUUUCUGGAGAGGUUCCACAGGACCAGAAAAGUUUGCCACAUGAGAAAGACGCAAGUGGAGAAGCUCCAGGACCUGAUAAAAAACGACAGGAAGAAGAAUCAGCAACAGGUGGUGCAUCAACGGCUGGAGCAUCGAGUGGCUUCACGUAAUGUCCCUCCUCGUUUGCAAAAUGGACCCAUGGCCCAUGGGCUGCACCAACGCUCUGGUUUUGUGCCUGCCAUUGAGGUAACGUCCCGAGCUGCAAGCCCAUUCUCCAUGCCUUCACCUCUCCCUCAGAGCAAGAACCUGCCUCCUCUCAGCUCGCGGGAGCGUCAGCCUGUGGUUUCACGUCCCAACACUCCAUUCACACCCCAGGGCUUUCGCUCGGGCCUGCGCAUGCUGGGACAGCUACCCAUCUGGACUCCAAGGCCAUUUAAGCUUCAGCGAGCACACCCAGUGCAGAAGCAACCUCCUUACCGAUAGGAAUACCGAAAAUUACACUGGCCAGAUCAAAUUGCAGGUGGCAAAAGAUGGAAUGAUACAUGGAAGGGCAAGAAACCAUGUUUAAAACAACUUACAUGGCAAAGAGAGAGCAAAUGAAAUGAAUGCUUAAAUGCUAAACAUUUGUUUGGGGAUGAAAGAGAUAUUCAUAUUGUGCCCUCUAGGUUUCUGAGUGGCCAAGCAAUAUGGUUCUCACAACAGAGGGUGAAGGCCUCAUGCCUACUUCAGCAACAUGAGCACAAACGAUUACCUCCAAGUUUCUGGAUGUAGGAACAACACUUUUCAUUUCUGCUAAUGUUAUUGAAUAUGAACAAAACUUGGCCAUGGCUGAAUGAGAAAACAUCCCUCCAUUUUCACCAGAUGCAAUUUUCUACUAUUUUAGUUCUUUUUCUUGGGAGGAUGCAGCUUACUUUACAAAUCCAUCUAUUUCCAGGGAGACCCCAGCUACUAGCCUUGAUUAUAUCAGCCCAGGGAAAUGAAUAGAUAUUUGACAGACUUGGCAAUUUUUAUUUAAUUUGUUAUGUAACUACUACCUGAUGGACUUAAUGAGCUGGAGAAAUGGAACCCUAAAAGGAAAUUCAUCUGACCUCUAAGCAUAGCCAACAGAUUGAGUUCUACAGAUGCCAGAGGAACAUAGAUUUGUGUAAAGAAACUGGGCAAUAUUCCUCUGAUCUAAUUGCGUCAGUAUUGUUUUGCUGUGUCUUGGUUCCUGUUGGGUUUUGCACAGACCAUCAUCAAACUGGUCCAGAUGAACAUCCUUCCAAAUGAGCAAGGAUGCAGUGUUUUUAUAAAAAGUUGGAAAAGACAGCUGAUCUACAAGAUGGGCGAGUGUUGUAGGAAGUUACAAGAUGGACACCUCAACAAUGUUGCCAACAAACUGACUUGCAUUAGGAUAGUUGAAACUGACAACAUGCACCAUACAACUCAGCUGCGGGAAUGGUCAGAGACAAAAAAGGAACUUACUGAAAUCAAUGAUGGAAAAAGGGUGGUGAGGAUCUUCUUUUGUUUCAAUGGCCUCUUGUUGACUUUGAAAGUGGCAGAUUGAAACUCCUUAGUUAAUAUGGAUUGCCUCCAUUGUGAAUCAAUAGUCAGCUACUGCACAAUCAACACCUUCCAACCCCCACAUCAUAAUUAUAAAUUUGCCUGUUGACUACAAAAGGUAAUAAUAACAGGAAGACCUGUAGGAUGGAAUAACCUGAUCUCUCAGCAGAUUUUAAAAACUCAGAGUCUACCUCUCUAACGAAUUGGAAGACAUCACAGAAAUAGAAAAUAUAAAAAUAAAAGAAACUCCAAGUGGCAUAGCACGCACUGUGGCAAAGGGUUAAAUGCAGUUUAAAAAGAAACUGUUUCCAGAAGUACAAGGAGGUUGACCCACACAGACUGCGACUUUAAUACCACCAUCAGGAUGUAUAAUUCAUUUUACUUAUGGACCUUAACUUUUUUCCCAAUGCUACAACCCUAACCCUGUAACAUGCUUUGUUUGCUUG